GAUGUGAAACGUUAGUAGAGUUCGAUAACUCGAAAAUUUCGUUACCAUGAAACAGUUCGUGGGUUUGUUGGUCCUUGCGGUGGCGGUGGAGCUGGUUUCGGGGCAAUGCAGCGUCAACAUCAGAACCAACCUGCAGACUCAUGAACCAGUAUUCUUUCGUUCGGCAAACCAGUUGUGGUCUCCGGAUGGACCUGCAUUGGUCUGGAACUCUGGUGAGACGACCACUAUAUCCUGCCAGCGAGGAACGCUCAAUGGAUUCGGCACCGCAACUGCUUCCCUCACAUGUCAAUCGGGGACAUCCUUCACCAUCGGUGGUACGCCCGUUGCCUCGUCUGCGCUGACAUGCUCCCAACGUAUUACUGGAGAAAUUCAGGAAACUACUACAUCCUGUGGUGCUGGAGCUGGACUGUUCAGAAAUAUCGGAUUUCUGAAUCCCAGUAAUCAGUUGGUCACGUACAUUCAGUCCUGUUACAACAUGAAUACGGCAUCAGUUAUCUAUACCCGCCAUAUCAUUCCGGGGCGGGCAAUCAAUCAUGCCAUCCAGGAAUCUUAUCGUCCAUCGUUUAAGGUAGCGGGAACUGCUUCCCAUGUGAGCCCAGCCACUUCGUACACUACAGCAUCGCAGGCUGUUCGUCUUGCAGCUUUGUUAGGUUCACAAGCGCAGGCUGAUCGAUUCAUCACCACCAGUUCCUACAUGUCCCGUGGGCAUCUCUCUCCCGAUGCGGACGGUAUCUUCCGUUCGUGGCAAUGGGCUACUUACUUCUAUGUUAACGUAGCUCCUCAAUGGCAGGUUGUCAACGGAGGCAACUGGCUAACUGUGGAGGUUGCCACUCGUAACAUUGCUGGACGUUUGCAAGAAGACGUUCUAAUCUUCACUGGUGCUCACGAUGUUAUGACCUUGCCGCACGUUAAUGGUCAACAGAUUCCAAUCACCAUGGAGGCCGGUGGUAUCCAGGCUCCGAAGUGGUACUGGAGGAUCAUCAAGUCACCCAGUACCAACUCGGGUAUCGCAUUGAUCACCAACAAUGACCCGUUCCGAACUAGCAUGCCGGCUGGUGAAAUGCUCUGCUCGGAUGUGUGUAGCACCUACGGAUGGGCCAAUGCUAACUAUGGAAACUUCGCUCGUGGAUUCACCUACUGCUGCACCGUAGCUGCACUGAUGAAUGCCAUUCCGGCCAUUCCUGCUGAAGCUGCCGUGUCCAAUGUGCUGCGGUUUUAAAUAUAUGCGCUUAUUGUAAAGUGAAUGAUGAUGAUGAUGAU